CCAUUUAUAUUUAUAAAAUAAUAUGCUUGACGUGUGUUGUGCCUAUGGAUGUACAAAUAGAAGAACAUUAGCUAAUGCUCAUUUGAGCUUUUAUCGAAUACCAACUAAUAAAUCUGAAUCUAGUGCUAACAGAAGAGACAAAUGGGUUGCAGCAAUUAAAAGAGAAAAAUGGAACGUAAAACAAAUAAAUAAUGCUCGUUUGUGUAGUGCUCAUUUUACUACAGGGAAAAAAUCUGAUGAUCUCUGUCAUAUUGAUUAUGUUCCAACUGUAUUUUCUUUUAAAAAGACACAUGGAAAACAAAUUAAAGCUUCUUUAGAACGAUAUGAGCGAUCAAAAAAAAGGAAGCGAACUCUUUCUAGUAAUGAGUCUAUAUUACCAAUUCACGAGGUUGGAUCAUUUAACGAGACAAAAAAUAAUGAGUUGGUUGAAGGGGACUGUUUAAAUUGUCCUUCAGAGAACGAGAUAACCCAAAGAGCUGUUGAAAUAGGUAAAAAAAGAACAAAAAAUUUGUAAAUUAAAUUUAUCUUAAUUGGUGUCACUGAUAUAUAACUUAU